UUCGGUUUUCGGUUCACAUAGAGAAAUACAAAUUAGGGUUAAGACCCUCGGAUACGCUCUCUAUUCGCUAAUAUCCCUUACCAUUCACCAGUUCAGGCGAACCAACAGGCGGAGCCACAUGCCGUCCGACGAGGCGAAGAAGAAGAGUGUCCUUCUGAAAACGGCGGAUGGCAAAAUUUUCCAGGUGGAAAUGCCGAUCGCCAUGGAGUUCGCCACCGUCAAGUCCUUCUUCGAAGAAAAUUCGGACGCCUCCGCGGAAUCCGUCGAGAUGCCCCUUCCGAACGUCUCAGCAGAUGCUCUCUCUAACAUCAUCACCUACUGCAAGCGUUCCCUUGAUCUCCGUGCUAAGGCCGCUUCCGAUAACGAGGUGAACGCCCUCAACGCCGAAUUCGUCAAGAAGCAUAACAUCGAAACCCUCAGGGAUAUUCUGGUCGCAGCCAACUACCUCGACAUCAAGCCGCUGCUCGAUCUUCUCUGUUCGGAGAUCGCGGAUAGGAUUAAGAACAAGAGCGUCGAGUUUGUCAGGACGUUCUUCGGAAUUGAGAAUGACUACACCGAGGAGGAGGAGGCGAGGCUUCGUCAGCAAAAUGCUUGGGCUUUCGAGGGUGUCGAUCCUGAUGAUUGAUUCCGGGCUUUUCCAGACAUUUGGGGAAAAGGAGUGCUAUGAUUUUGGUUGUGGCACUAAAAGGAGAAACAAGAAAAAGAAGCUGUGCGGCUGAUGCAGAGUAGAGACAUUGGGCUGAGCAAGAUCUUUCAAGAAAAUCUCAGAACAAUUUUUUUUUUUUGGAAACAUGGUGAAAAUAAUAAGGUGUAGGUUGAUCAUAGUUGAGUUGAUGCAUGAUUACAAUCAUGUUUAUAUAGAAUUGUUUUUUUAUUGUUUUUAAUCAAAAUUGAACAUGUUUUCCUAAUAAAUAUAUGUAUAAGA